AUGGGUGUCGAUCUUGAUCAUCGUUUUGAUCGUAAAGCUGUACGACGAGCACCACGCUCAAAAAAUUUAUAUUUGCUCUUACUUGUUAAACUUUACCGUUUUUUGGCCCGUCGUACAAGUUCAAAAUUCAAUAGUAUCAUCUUAAAACGUUUAUUUAUGUCGAAUACAAAUCGACCACCACUUUCAUUAUCACGUCUUGUUCGUCAUAUGAAAAAGAAAGGUCGAGAAAACAAAACAGCUGUUAUUGUUGGUUCAAUUACAGAUGAUGUUCGACUUUAUAAAGUACCAAAACUUACAGUUUGUGCUUUACAUUUGACUGAACGUGUUCGUGCAAGAAUUCUUGCUGCUGGUGGUGAAAUUUUAACAUUCGAUCAAUUGGCACUUCGUUCACCAAAGGGCAAAGGUACUGUUUUAUUACAAGGUCCACGAAAAGCCCGUAAAGCCAAUCGAUUCUUUGGACGACCACCUGGUGCUCGUCAUAGUACAACAAAACCAAAAGUUCGCUCCAAAGGUCGUAAAUUUGAAAAAGCUCGUGGUCGACGAGCCAGUCGUGCAUACAAGAACUAA